AUGGCGUCUAUGGGCUCCAUGCCUUAUCGUCACCCCCCCCAACAGACUUCUAGCCAGGCUUCUAGAGAUUUUCGGGACGGAUUACAAGUCCACGUAGAUCAUUACAUCGGCAUUGACGUUGGAACGGGCAGUGCUCGGGCCUGUAUUGUUGACAGUAGAGGGGAUAUUGUCGGCCUAGCCUCCGAGAACAUCGGUCUUUGGCAACCCCAGCAAGGAUAUUAUGAACAAUCUACGAAUGAUAUCUGGCGAUGCAUCUGUGUGGCCGUUCAGCGUGCUAUCAGCCAGCACAACAUUGACCCAGGAACUGUGAGGGGCAUGGGGUUUGAUGCAACAUGCUCAUUAGCAGUAUUUUCUAAUGUGACAGAUGAGCCCGUCUCUGUAACAGGACCCAAAUUUGACUCAGAUCGCAAUGUGAUCCUCUGGCUCGAUCACCGACCCGUUGAAGAAACUGAGAAGGUCAACGCUACUAACCACAAUCUUCUACGCUACGUUGGAGAAAAGAUGUCGAUUGAGAUGGAGAUCCCGAAGGUUUUGUGGUUGAAAAACCAUAUGCCCAAAGAGCUCUUUGACCAAUGCAAAUUCUACGACCUGGCCGAUGCUCUUACUCACAUUGCCACUGGCGAUGAAAAAAGAAGCUUUUGCAGCGUUGUCUGUAAGCAAGGUUAUGUUCCCGUCGGUGUAGAUGGCAGUGUCAAAGGUUGGCAGGAAGACUUCCUGGCAGAAAUUGGCCUGGGCGAUCUAGUGAAGGAAGAAUUCAAGCGAAUGGGUGGCGUUGACGGGGUGAACGGCGAUUAUCUUAGUGCUGGUGAACUGGUCGGUACCUUGUGCAACAAAUCUGCUUCGGAGUUGGGGCUGCCUCCUGGAAUUGCGAUUGGCAGCGGCGUCAUUGAUGCAUAUGCGGGCUGGAUCGGUACAGUCGGCGCCAAAGUUGAGUUAGAGUCGGAGCAAUUGAGAUCUAGUGUCGCGAAGAAUGACAAGACACAAGCCUUUUCUCGCUUGGCUGCUGUUGCUGGAACAUCAACUUGUCACCUCGCCAUGUCUCCAAAUCCCGUUUUUGUUCCUGGUGUUUGGGGUCCUUACCGCGAUACCAUCCAACCAGGUUAUUGGAUGGCCGAGGGCGGCCAGUCUGCAACGGGAGAGCUGCUCAAGCAUGUCAUUGAGACUCAUCCAGCGUUUAACCAGGCAGUCUCUAUCGCUGAGUCGCACAAUGCCAAUAUAUACGAGUUCCUUAAUGAACAUCUGAAGGAGUUGGCUCAAGAACAAAAUGCUCCCAGCAUCUUCUACUUGGGCCGUCACCUUUUCUUUUAUGGUGAUCUUUGGGGCAAUCGUUCACCCAUCGCGGAUGCUAGAAUGACGGGUUCUAUUGUGGGGCUAACGAGUGAUAAGUCUGUGGAUGGUCUCGCAAUCCAUUAUUAUGCCACCCUUGAAUUUAUUGCGCUGCAAACGAGGCACAUUGUUGAGACAAUGAAUAAUGCUGGCCAUAGCAUCACCUCUAUUUUCAUGUCGGGCUCGCAGUGCCAAAACGACAUUCUGGUUGAACUGAUAGCAUCUGCAUGCAAUAUGCCUGUGCUCAUUCCUCGAUACAUCCAUGCAGCUGUUUGCCACGGUGCAGCUAUGCUGGGUGCCAAGGCUGCUAGUGCCAAUGCAGAAGGUAAGACGGAGGAUCUCUGGGAUAUCAUGGACCGCAUGAGCAAGCCAGGAAAAAAAGUUGCCCCGACUAAGGAUGAGGUCGAAAAGGCUUUGCUUGACACCAAGUACAGAAUCUUCUUGGAACAAUGUUAUAAGCAACAAGAGUAUCGGGCUCUUGUAGACGAAACAUUGAGACCAUGGGACUCCUAA